AUGGUUGAAAAUCAAGAAUUCAUGGAGGUUAGCACUCAGCCUCCUCUCUUUGCUGCGUCCAUCAGCAGGGAGAUCACGGUGCUGAUAUUAUCAAUCCUGAUAGUUGGUUGCAUAGCAUCGUACCACCCUUAUCACCACUACUAUCACCACCUCCACGGCCACCACAAGCACCAUCAUCACGACCAUCACAAGCACCACCACGAUCAUCACAAGCAUCAUCACCACGACCACCAUAAGCAUCAUCAUCAUCACGAUCAUCACAAGCAUCACCAUGAUCAUCAUUUGCACCACAAGCACCAUGUCUACGACUACCACCCGUAUUACCACUACCUGAAGCACCAUUACCACCACCACAAGGGUCAUCCCUAUUACCACGACCACCAUCAUCACCACGACCACCAUAAGCAUCAUCACCACGACCACCACAAGCAUCAUCACCACAAAGGACACAUUCACUACGAUCCUUACUACAAGCUGUAUUAUUACCAUCACCACUGA